ACACUUGUCAGCUCUUUGUGUUUUCCAAUAAAUUAGAGACUCCUGAGACUUUACGCACUCAUUCAGGUGAGGACUCUGCGUGUGCACGGACAUAUAUCUCUACUUUCCGCUGUGACUGGAUAUUUGUAUAUUUUUGCAAAGGGAAAGUGACUGUUCUUUCACUACGGAGCUUUUGCCGAGCAGCGCAACGAAACUUUAUGCAAGAGAAGUUUUUAUGCCUUGACGUUUGGUUUUUAGGACAGCACACAAACGACAAUACAGAUAAAGAAGCUGGAAGACAGACAAUCCAUAUGGAUGGCAGUGGUUCUGUGACAGUUAUGGAUGACAGUCCCGCAUCCAGCCCCAACUCAAGCCCCAGUCCUGACACGCUCUCAGCGGACAGCCGGCGCACAGAGGCCCUGUCUCGCUCCAGGGUGGUCCCGUCCGGUGGCCUUGGUGGCAGAGGGCGACCGGCAGCAGCCAACGCGGCGCGCGAGAGAAGUCGCGUGCAGACCCUCAGACACGCGUUCCUCGAGCUACAGAGAACAUUACCAUCGGUGCCACCGGACACCAAACUAUCCAAACUCGACGUUUUGAUACUGGCAACCACAUACAUAGCGCAUUUAACGAGAACCUUGCAAGAGGAGGGAAUGGAAGAGGGGGAGAACACAAAACAAACCGAAGCUUUAAACUCACUCAAAGGAGAUGGUUACUUACAUCCCGUGAAAAAAUGGCCAAUGCGUUCAAGGUUAUAUAUCGGUGCCACUGGCCAGUUCCUGGGAAACUCAAAUGAAAAUCAAGGGGCGUCUUCGUCGUCAUCACAAAUAUAGAUCAUUUGCACGUGAGACUUUUUGAGAUAACGAUGACAAAAAUGAAGGUUAAAAUUAUUGCUGGAUUUUUAAAUGGUUUUUUUUUUUUUUUUUUUUUUUUUUUGGGUGGAGAACUCCAUGACAGUAUUUUUGUUGCAUAAAUGGUUUAGUGACAGCCUUAAACUUAAGAAGGUUGUUUUACGCAGCAGCUCAACAAAAAUUCAAUUUAUGUUUUUCAUAUUGAAAUGAGGAUCAGUUAGCAGUGAAUGGUGCCAUAUACUUGGAUGUGCAUAUUAAUAUAUCCCUAUUAUUUCAAAUAUGUAAAUAAGAUUAAAAUAUUAAACAAAUUGUGUGUUUUGAAAAGGCUGAAAAAGCUGUGGAUCUGUUCAGACUUCCGUACCUUGCAGUUCUGUACUUGUUGGUAAAAUUGUACUCCGUGUGUUGGGUUAAUGAGCUGUCAUGCUUGAGCUGUUGGCUAUGCACUUUCUGUUACAACAUUUGCACUAAAUGCAUGUGUGAAUAACUAAACAUUCGUCAUGUGAAGUGGUCUGUCAAAGUCGCAACAAUAGCAUCACGGUCCCCUUUUCACUCUUCUUCAUUCUUUUUUCGCGUGAAUUGGUGCAAGUGUACAUGUGGAAUGGUAAA